AUGAGCGACCGACUGAGGGAUGGCCAAGAGAAAGCGUAUCAAAUAAAAAUCGAUGCGACAAGCGGCACAAAUGACAACUACUCAUUAAACGGUCAAGGGAUCGCCUUUCAGUGCUUUAAAGAGAAGAAUAUCGAGGAGAAAAAGCAGCUGGCGGGUGGCGGAUUCGCGAACACUUAUGCACUCGGCAAGAUGGAGUACGAGGAUGGGAAGAAUCUCGGAAUGGUAUUGGAGUACGUGCCGGAGGGGACAAUGGAGAAUGUGAUCUCAUUGUGGGACGGGAAAAAGACGCGCAUCUGCAUCUACUCCGUUCAUCACAUCAUCGCGUGGAUGAACGAUAUCGUGUCCGCGCUGGUGUACAUGCAUUCGAAUGAGCUGGCACAUUUGGAUUUAACGGCGAACAAUAUUCUGAUGCCGGACAAUUGGCGGAAAGCGAUCAUCGCCGAUUUCGGCAUAUCAAAAUUGCGCGGUAGGCGGUAUCCGAUGGAGAAAAGUGGAAAGCACAAUCAUCACACCGAAUGUCCUAGUGAUUAUGCGGCGCCGGAGGUGAAAAACGGCAAUGGUGAAUACAAGAGUGAUGUCUACAGUUUGGCGAUACUGCUCUGGAAACUCGUUUACCGGCAGCACAGGGCUUUCCCACCGGAACGUCUCAAUCCACUGAAUCGUCCGGAGUGUCCGGAUCUGAUUCCAGAACUGGAGAGUAUCCUGAAAAACUGCUGGGCUCAUGAUCCGAAAAAUCGUUGGACUUCCGGAGUACUCUAUCAAAAAGUUCAUGAUUUUAUGGAAAACCUCUUUCCGGAUACGAAUGACAAACCGAGAAAUGAGAUAAUCGAUCGCUUCGAUUUGAAAGCACCCGAGUGGAGAUCCGAUUACAUUGACGCUGAUCCGAGGGGUACUCGCAAAUCGCAUAAAAUCCACCCGCGUGAGAACAGCUAUGCGCCGAGAAGAGAAGAGCAAAGAUUUGAGAUAAGACCGGAGUACCUUCUACAACAAUACCAACAGCGAAACGAUCAGGAUGAUACCAACACUUAUCAAUCCUGGAAAGGAGACAAAAGAGCGGCGAAUUUCCCCUCAAAUUCCUCGAUUUCGGUGUCGCGAAGCGAUAGCUCGAUCGCCACCUCAUCCUCAUCCUCAACCAAUUUCUCUCAAAUGAUGUCAAGUAGCGAAAGUGAGAUGAGUGGAAUGUCAAGUUAUGGAGAAGAAGAGGAAGAAGAAGAGGAAGAAGGGGAAGAAGGAGAGGAAGAGGAAGAAGAGGAUGAUGAGACGAUUGGAUCGAGUGAAGAGAUAACAGAAGAAGAAGAUGGAAAAGAAGAGGAGAUGAGGAGGAUGAACGGGGGAGAGAAGAGGAAUCUGAAACUCCCAAAUCUCCUCAACGAACAAUACUAUUUGCGAGCAUUUCCAAUCUUACCCCAAAAAACCCCCACGAAUCCGCUCGUCGAGUUCACUGUGCAGCACGUAAACGAUCUAGCGUUAAAUAUCGCGGCGAUUGGCAACGUUCGCGGUAUCUAUUUGUCGUUGUUGACGGGGAUGAAUGAACGGAAAAGUGAGCACGACUCGUAUUUGACGAGAAUCUUCAAGCCCGAUCGGCAGAAAGAGGUUUUCCUUCACAUGAUGAAAUGGAACGCGAAACGGGAUCUCCCUUGCCGCUUUAUACGAGUACAAGGAGUGCAAGAGAUUUCAAUUGGUCACAGCGAGAGUCAAUUUCA